GUAAUUUAAUUCGUAAACAAAGUGAUAAAAAAAACGCAAAUAAAUCCGCGAGCCGCUGAGUUUUACUGAUUCGGUCUAAUUGAUAUUGAUAAACAGUGUUUAUAGUACGUUAAUUGCUUGAAUACUUAAUAUUAUAUUAGUUAUAUAUUACAAUAAUUAGUGAGUGUUAAAAACCAAUCAAUAGAAUGGGCAACAUACACACCGUAGGUCCUAAUGAGGCGCUGAUUGUUUCAGGUGGCUGUUUCGGUUCAACUCAAAAACGAACGAUCGUCGGUGGCUGGGCAUGGGCGUGGUGUUUUGUCACAGACGUACAACGUAUAUCCCUGGAGGUUAUGACUCUUAAUCCCAUGUGUGAGUACGUGGAGACGGCCCAAGGUGUUCCACUGACGGUGACAGGUGUCGCCCAAUGCAAGAUAAUGAACGAAGACGAGCUUUUAACUACUGCCUGCGAACAGUUCCUUGGCAAAUCGGUGAAGGAGAUCAAAAUGACAAUCCUCCAAACUCUGGAGGGACACCUACGAGCAAUACUGGGAACUCUUACAGUAGAAGAGGUGUACAAGGACAGAGACCAGUUCGCUGGUCUGGUGCGCGAAGUGGCGGCUCCAGACGUCGGUCGGAUGGGCAUCGAGAUCCUCUCGUUCACGAUCAAGGACGUCUACGAUGACGUGCAGUACUUGGCCAGCUUGGGCAAGGCGCAGACGGCGGUUGUCAAAAGAGACGCGGAUAUUGGAGUAGCACAGGCCAAUAGAGAUGCUGGAAUACGGGAAGCCGAAUGCGAAAAGAACGCAAUGGAUGUGAAAUAUUCAAUGGACACGAGAAUCGAAGAUAACUCUAGGCUGUUCAAGCUGCAGAAGGCUCACUUCGAUCAGGAAGUCAAUACUGCUAAAGCCGAGGCCGCUUUAGCAUACGAAUUGCAGGCUGCGAAAAUCAAACAGAAGAUACGAAACGAAGAGAUUCAGAUCGAAGUCGUGGAGCGUCGCAAACAAAUUGAGGUGGAACAACAAGAGAUUCUACGCCGAGAGGAAGAGUUGAAGUCAACGGUUCGUUUGCCCGCUGAAGCAGAGGCGUACAGACUACAAGCUAUCGCAGAGGGUAAACGUACUGAAACAGUGGAGGCAGCCAAGGCUGACGCGGAACGUAUCAAGGUGCUUGGUCUAGCUGAGGCCACAGCUAUCGGGGACGUUGGUAAAGCUGAUGCUGAGAGGAUGUUGGCAAAGGCCAGGGUCUACAGGCAGUAUGGAAAUGCAGCCAUCAUGGCUUUGGUUCUUGAAGCUUUGCCAAAGAUUGCAGCCGAGGUAUCGGCUCCUCUAGCGCAGACAGAUGAAAUAGUCCUCGUUGGAGACAAUGGAGCAACUGGGGAAAUGGCCCGACUGGCUGGAGGCAUUCCACCCGCAGUACGAACACUUACUGGCCUGGAUAUUAACCAGGUGUUGAAGAGACUUCAUCCGAGUGCACCAGAUGCGUCUCCAUUGCCAGCAGCCAGUAAGAAGAAAGAAGUUGCAGCUUGCUAAAAUUUUUCGUAUGUCUAUACUGCACUGCACAAAGCAUUUUUAUUUAUUAAGUGAUUAUCGUACAAAAUAAUAGUACAGUAUUAAAUACUUUGAUUUCGAAUAAAUUUUAAUUCCAUUUAUUGUGCUAAGCGUGGAUUUUUUUUAAUUUCUUUAUGGCAAUAUUUUUGUAGGUAAAACGUCAAUCACUACUAUCAAACUCAAACUCAAAAUAACUUUAUUUAUUAGCUAAGUACACUUAUGAACGUUAACAGAAAAUAUGUUUAAUUGCUUCUAAAUUUACUACUAGUUCACAGGUCAAGGGUGUAAGGGGAAGAAGGGGACUCCCCCACUCUUUUUAAUAUCUAAGUUUUAAUACAAAUUGUUUGUAAGACAGUAUCCAUGAGUAUUUAUACUGACUACUCAAGUUAUUUUUUUCAGUAAAAAUAUAUGAUGUAGAUUGGGCUUAGAUACUUAUGGUAGUUUUUGUGUUAAUUUUUUUUUUAAUUGUAUGAAAAAGUCGAUAUCAUUUUUUUUUUUAAUUCACGCUUGGCACACUUAAGCAGUCUAUUUAAUAGAACAAAUUAUUUUUAUACAAUUUAUAUUCUUAAUAUAUUUUUCUCGUAGUUCUUAGAUACUGUAUAUGAACCAGUAGAUUUUGUACUGUUGUCUAAAGUGUUCUUAAGGCACUGCCUCUAAAAUUGAAUGUUAUUAUCACUGUGUGUUUAUGGAUUUUGAAUUGUCCUAGUGCCCGUAACAUAUCAGACCCGGUAGAUUGUUCAGUCUUUGCUGUGUAUGACGAAUUCUACCGAGUCAAAUAAGUAUGAGGCGUUGACAAGAGAAUUAUUUCUUGAAAUAAAGAGAUGUAACCCGAAACGGCCACGCUACUCUGUUACUCCCAAUAGUGAUAGCCAUAGCGAUAUCCAUAAGGAUAACGAAUGCGAUAUCAGUAUUAUAGACUUUGUGUUGCGCGGUCAUAACAUGAGCUCUUCGUUACUAUAUAUUCCUAUAUACUCCGGACUAUAUACUUCUUAAGGGAACUUCAGAGUCGCAAUAAGUGGGAUCUCUAUGUCAAAAAGUAUUAAAUUUUGACAUACGGAAGACAGUUUGGGCUAAGUCCCUGUAUACUGUCCCGUCAGCUCGUUAUAUUCCGGUGUAUUACUUAAAGUUCAGUUUCUAUCGUAGUUUUAUAGUAGUAGUAAAUUUUGUUUACCACAGAGCCAAGCCUUGCGCAGUCUAGCGCCAUUUCGGGUCUGUGUUCUGAAAUAGUGUUGCUAUAUUGAUUAUCUAAUUCUCUUUAUUUCAAUGAAUUUCUACGAUUAGUUGUGUGUUAUUUGUGCCAUAUAUUUAUGAAAUGUGUAAUUUUCGUAAUAAAGUGACUAUAUAUUAA